AUGAGUGCCAUUCAAGAGGCUAAGGAGGACAUCAUGGAGUUGUUUAACUUCCAGAAGGAGGGGAUGACCAACUUCAAGAUCCAAGGGCUUUUGGCGGGCAACAGCCUCGACAUGGGCAUCGAAAUGGGCUUCGGGGAAUUCAAAUCCCCAGCUCAGAGGAUUCCCCUGAUCAACAUCGCUGACCAAUUCUCCGUGCUCCUGGCGUCUUUGCCCUUCAUCUCGCUGGAGAGCAAGGAGAAGGCGAUUGCUGCGCUGCAGGAUUUCUCCACCCAAGACGCAGGCAGGGCACACGGGGUUCCUCUGAGGCCAGGCUCUGUGAUCGCCCUGCACAACAAGGCAUGGAACCGAUUUCUCUCCAUGGCAGAUUGGACUCUCUAUCCCAGCGCGCCCGAGAAUGAGAAUGGUAUCCACGAAGGGUGGACCCAUCAGAGAUUCACGGUGGUGGACGCUGGCAACGGACAGAUUGCUCUGCACAACACCAUCCACAAUUGCUUUGUGGGCACAGGUUCUGGAUCUGGUGUUGCAGCGCAACCCCUUGGACCAUGA